AUGGCAGCUAAGCUGAAUUCCUUGCGGCAAUACGCCCUGCGUGACCUCACUCAGGCUAGGAGGUAUGCAUGGGGAGCUACUGGCCUCGUCCAUAUGUAUGAUCACCUUAAUGAUGCCAGUAUCGGCACCAGCCGACAAGUUGCUAGUUACAUCACGUUGUUACAGUGCAAUGCUGAUCCAGACCAUGACGAGGUGUCACCACGUGCGUGUCAGUGGAUUGCCACAAAGAAGACUGUCAAGAAGAUAUCUACAACGACGUAUAGACAGCGCUUGGAUUGUCUCAGGAUUCUAGAUGUCUGCUGGAUGCCAUAUGCGGAGCACCGACCAGUCCAGGAGUUUCAUCCGAUUACAUGUUUCUUAGGACAGCUCCUCUGGGGGCCUGUUGUUGUUAGAUACAGACCGGAGAGGGUUAUGCUCCAAUUUGGAUGCGUCUGGUGCAUUCCUGCACACCCUGUUGAUUCAUGGGUGUCAUUUGAUGACGUAGAUGAUAGGUGGGCGCACUACUCCGACCAUCUAGCGCCAACAUCAGAUCCUCCUCAAGAUGCAUCUGCGACACAGCCUAGACAUAUCCCUCAAGAGCCAACACCAGCAUCGACACAUGUGGAUUCUGAUGCGGACGAGCCCAGACAUGCAAUGGCUUACCAUGCCAUCGCCGAGAUGUUGGAGCAUCAUCUCAACCUAAAUGAAGUCACGCCAGGCACAUCGACACAUGAGGUCAUCCAAAAGUGGCUUAGGAUUGCCAGGGUUGUCACAGAAGAUCGCAAUGUGUAUGUUAAGUCUCAACGUAGGCGGCGCAUGGAUCAGCCAUAG